GCUCUCCCCACCAUAUUCCAUAAACAACCCCAAAUCGAUCCCUCGGUCGAUCGGAUUGAGAUAUCUCGAUCGAACGCGAUGAAGCUCAUCACCCUGAAACCGCCUCAGUUUUUCAGAUCGGCGUCGAAGAGGGAGGAGAAGAAGAGGAAGAAGAAGGCGCACCUGUCGCGGUCGAACCCUAGCUCGUCGUUCGGGUCGGCGUCGGAGGAGUCGGAGGAGUCGGCGGGGUCGGGGCGCACCCCGAGGUCGGUGCUGGGGAGGGGGGUGACGCGGAGGGAGGUGGAGGCGGUGCUGCGGCGGAUGGCGCCGGAGGAGGAGGUGGCGGCGAUGAUGGAGGAGGCGGUGAGGGAGAUGCUGGUGGGCCUCGGCGACGACCGCUGCUCGCUCGACGACUGCAGGCGCAUGAUCGGCGGCGUCGACACCGACGGCGACGGCUUCGUCUGCUUUGACGACUUCGUCCGGAUGAUGACCGUCGCCGCCAAGGUGUGAUCCCGAUCUUCAUCUUCAUCUUGGCGACGACGGUUAGGAUUCGCUCCUGGUUCUCGGGGAUGGGAUGUGAUGUGAUGUUGUUUUGUGCUUUGUGGUUAAUGUGCAACGGUGUACGGAGGUGGGGUAAUUAAAUAGGGAUGUUUUUUGCUUCUUUUUUUUUUCCCUCGUUUGGGGUCCUGAUCUUGUUGCAUCUCUUUAAUUAGGACUAAUUUAGUAUCUCAGGUGCAACAAUA